AGAUUCCCAGCGGGCAGCGCGGGGAUGCCCGAAGCCCGCCGGCCGGGCUAGGACUACCCGUCCCAGAAUCCCCAGCAGAGCCCGGCCCCCCGCCAGGCAGCCAUGGCCGAGGAGGCGCAGGGGAAGCCGGCGCUGGAGCUGGUCCAAGCAGAUGGGGCAGAUGGAAGCUGUGUGACAUUUGUGUUACAUAAUGAGGACCACACACUUGGCAACUCCCUCCGUUACAUGAUCAUGAAGAAUUCUGAAGUGGAGUUUUGUGGUUACAGCAUCACCCACCCAUCUGAAAGCAAAAUCAACUUCCGAAUCCAGACCAGAGGGGGGCUCCCAGCCGUUGAGCCAUUCCGGAAAGGACUGACUGAGCUGGUGGACGUCUGCCAGCACGUGCUCAGCAAAUUUGAGGCGGGCAUAAAGGAAUAUAAGGCCCAAAAAGAGGCAGAAAUGGAGUAGCCCCUGCAGAUGUCAGAGAACAGGAUGGACAUGUAUAUAGUUUUGGAUUAUGUUUAAUUCCUUUGUGAAAGAGGUUUUAUUUUUUAAUGGGAAUCCCAGAGCAAAGCAUGUAAUUUCUCUAAUAAACACUGUAAGGUUCAGUCCA